UAACUACUUGUCGCUUAGCUUUGCUUUUCCAACUAAAAAAAAAAUGCAAACAUAGCUGAGUCUGUACAGUUGCACAGAGAAUUCAUCUCUCUCAUUUACACUCUCUCUCAAAUUCUAAAACCUAUCUAAAUUAGAACAAGGAAAACUCAGAAUCUUCCCAAGAGAUGGAUAUAAUAUCACAAUUGCAAGAACAAGUUAAUUUGAUUGCAUCACUUGCAUUUAAUACAUUUGGAACCCUACAAAGAGAUGCUCCUUCAGUUCGUCUCUCUCCUAAUUACCCUGAACCUAACCCUACCCCUAAUUCGAAUCCUAAUCAAAACCCUACCCCUAAUUCGAAUUCUAAUCAAAACCCUAACCCUAAUUCGAACGCUAAUCCUUCGCAACAACAGCAACCGUCUGAUGCUUCCACCAAUUUUGCUGAUGAACCUAAAACAGCCAGUGCAGCUCUUGUUAAGGCUGCAAAGCAGUUUGAUGCCUUGGUUAAUGCCCUUCCAUUGGCGGAGGGAGGUGAAGAAAUUCAACUCAAAAGAAUAGCUGAGCUUCAGGAAGAAAAUGAUGCUAUUGGCCAAGAAUUGCAGAGGCAGCUUGAAGCUGCAGAUAAGGAAUUAAAGGAAGUUCAGGAAUUGUACAGCCAAGCGUCAGAUAAGUGCUUAAAUAUGAAGAAACCAUAUUGAAGAUGUUUUGUAUGCAAUGAUUAUGAUUUUCUAUUCUGGAGUUGUGUCACAACAAGCCAAUCUUGCCAGAUUCUUUUGUCAUCUUUGUAUAGUUACUAUAACUGUCUCCGAGUUCUGCGUAAUUUGUUAGUUGAAUAUUGUGGAAUGAGAGCUAUGGCAAUAUAGUUUUAGUUAUUA